CGUACAGACAGGCUGCUAGUUUGGCAUAGAAGCGAAACAAGGUUACAAUAUCAUGUAUGUAACAUUGUUAAUUUAAAAAGCUAAAGUGAUACAAACAUACUAUACGCGGAAGGAAAAAUCGUGUAAAGAAAACAUUACAGAUAUAACCUAUUCAUUGUACGCAUGACUAAUUUGAUGUAUUUUUGAAACGCUUCACCUGCAAUAUCAUUUUAGAUUAACCGGUAUUUCUGGUGGUAAACAUCUACUGUCAAACCGAGCAGUUUGACAGUAAACCUUUUUUUUAAGAACACGAAAGUGUAACUGGACAUUGUGAAAGAAUGGCACUGAUAACCCGUUUGUUGAUUACACUUUUUAUGAUAAGUGCAACUGGUACUGUGGAAGAUUUGGAAUCCUGUCCUGCUAUUUGCGAAUGCUCUGAGUGGAAGAUGUUUAAAAUUACUUGCUCGGAUAUUGAUGUGAUACCCAAGUUUCCUUCAAACACCAGGACUUUGCGGUUCAUGGAGACACAGCUGACAACAAUCCACAGUGAAGCAUUUUCAAACCUCCCAAACAUUUCCAGAGUGUAUAUUUCUAUCGAUGCAACUCUGCAGAGGCUGGAAAAACAUGCAUUUUACAGUUUAACCGAAGUAACGCACAUAGAGAUACGAAAUGCAAGGAGUUUGACAUAUGUUCACCCUGAUGCUUUUAAGAAUCUACCAGUUUUAAAAUACCUUGGGAUUUUUAACACUGGCCUUGAUGCGUUUCCUGACCUUACAAAGAUUAAUUCUUCUGAUGUGAACUUUUUACUUGAAAUUGCUGAUAACCCCUACAUUACAUCAGUUCCUGGUAAUGCUUUCCAUGGUUUGUCCAAUGAAUCACUAACACUCAAACUUUAUAAUAAUGGAUUUACUGAAGUCCAAGGGUAUGCCUUCAAUGGAACAAAGUUGGAUGCUGUGUAUCUUCACAAAAACAAGUACCUGACUGCCAUCGAUCAGGAGGUAUUUGCAGGAGUGCUCAGUGGACCAACACUGCUCGAUGUGUCUCAGACCAGUGUGAACUCUCUGCCAACAAAAGGCCUGGAAACUGUCAAGGAGCUCAUGGCAAAGAAUACAUGGACUCUCAAGAAACUCCCACCAAUAAAGACUUUUCUUUACCUAAUGAGAGCUGAUCUGACCUACCCCAGCCAUUGCUGUGCAUUUAAGAACUGGAAGAAAAACAAAGGAUUCCUUGAGUUGUUCAUGUGCAACCAAACUAAUAUCAAUGGGUUGCGUCAGAGGAGAGCAGUAAAUGCAUUUAACAGCGAAGAUGACUCAGAUUAUGGUGACGCUAAAUACAAUGAAAACUCCAAGCUCCAAGAUUUCCAUAGCAACUCCCACUACUAUGUAUUUUUUGAGGAGUUAGCUGAUGAAGAUGUUGGGUUUGGACAAAAGCUAAAGAAUCCCCAAGAGGACUACAUCCAGGAAUUUGACAGCCACUAUGAUUACACUGUCUGUGGGGGUAGCGAGGAAAUGAUCUGUACCCCAAAGCCAGAUGAGUUCAACCCCUGUGAAGACAUCAUGGGCUACAACUUCUUGAGGAUUGUGGUGUGGUUUGUGAACCUCCUAGCCAUUCUGGGAAAUGCCUUUGUCUUGCUGAUCUUGCUUAGCAGCCAUUAUAAACUAACUGUCCCCCGGUUUCUAAUGUGCAACCUAGCCUUUGCCGACUUAUGUAUGGGGAUUUAUUUGCUGCUGAUUGCGUCAGUGGACCUCCAUACCAGGUCAGAAUACUACAAUCAUGCCAUUGACUGGCAGACAGGACCAGGAUGCAAUACUGCUGGCUUUUUCACCGUUUUUGCCAGUGAGCUUUCUGUCUACACGUUGGUGGUCAUCACAUUGGAGCGCUGGUACGCCAUUACCUUCGCCAUGAGAUUGGAUCGAAAAAUACGCCUUCGCCACGCUUCUGCCAUUAUGCUUUGCGGAUGGAUUUUCUGUUUCCUUUUGGCCAUUCUGCCCCUUGUUGGAGUCAGCAGCUACAUUAAGGUUAGCAUAUGCUUGCCCAUGGAUAUUGAGACACCUCUUGCUCAAGCCUACAUCAUCUCUGUCUUGAUGAUAAACAUCAUUGCAUUCAUUAUUAUCUGUGCCUGCUACAUCAAAAUUUAUGUGACUGUUCAGAACCCACAAUACAAGCCUGGGAGCAAAGAUACAAAGAUAGCCAAGAGGAUGGCCAUUCUGAUCUUCACCGAUUUCACCUGCAUGGCUCCAAUUUCUUUCUAUGCCAUGUCUGCGAUAAUGAACAAGCCUUUGAUAACAGUCAGCAACUCAAAGAUCUUGUUGGUCCUCUUCUACCCUCUCAACUCCUGUGCCAACCCUUUUCUCUAUGCUAUUUUCACCAAGGCUUUCAGAAGGGAUGUCUUUAUUUUGCUGAGCAAGUUUGGCUUCUGUGAGCACCAAGCACAGAUCUACAGAGGGCAGAUGGUUUCAGCCAAAAACAGCAGUGGCACAAUGAAAUCUCAAGACUAUCAAGGCAUUCUGGAGCGAAACGUACUGCCCAGUGUCAGAAAGCUCUGUCUCAGUCGCAGGUCAUGGGUCCUCCAACAGGAUAAUGACCCAAAACACACAGCUAAAAGCACCCAAGAAUGGAUAAGAACAAAACAUUGGACUAUUCUGAAGUGGCCUUCUAUGAGUCCUGAUCUGAAUCCUAUCGAACAUCUAUGGAAAGAGCUGAAACUUGCAGUCUGGAGAAGGCACCCAUCAAACCUGAGACAGCUGGAGCAGUUUGCUCAGGAAGAGUGGGUCAAACUACCUGUUAACAGGUGCAGAAGUCUUAUUGAGAGCUACAGAAAACGUUUGAUUGCAGUGAUUGCCUCUAAAGGUUGUGCAACAAAAUAUUAGGUUAAGGGUACCAUCAUUUUUGUCCAUGCCAUUUUCAUUUGUUUUAUUAUUUACAAUAUUAUGUUGAAUAAAAAAUCAAAAGCAAAGUCUGAUUUCUAUUAAAUAUGGAAUAAACAAUGAUGGAUGCCAAUUACUUUUGUCAGUUUCAAGUUAUUUCAGAGAAAAUUGUGCAUUCUUCGUUUUUUGUGGAGGGGUACCAACAAAUUUGAGCACGUCUGUAUAUAUAUUUCAAACAUGUACCAGAAGGAUAUUGUUAAUUGUCUGAAACAAUGCUUUAUUUAAAUUGAAACAGGACCAAUAAAAACUGUUUCUUUUUUAAGGGAAAGAUGGAUUUGGAAUAAGUAAUAAAAAUAACAAGAGUUAUAACAUUAAGAUAAUAUUUUAAAACAGCAGGUACUGUAUGGCAAUAUAUUGUACUUUAAACUUGUGUUUGGCAUUCCUAUAUUUGUAUAUUAGCUAAUGUACUAAUUUUUAUAUUGCA